GGCAGAAGAGCAUCCCCACAGCAGUCAAGACGUCUCAGAUCAGUCUACAAGGAUUCUCAAAUCUUGGUAAUACGUGUUACAUGAACGCCAUUCUCCAGUCGCUAUUCUGUCUGGAAUGCUUCACUGCAGACAUGCAGAAUCAAGACAUCAUUCCACUCAUGCAGAAAUCAAGUCUCUACUGGGCCUUGGCUCAAUUGCUAUGCGCCAAGCAGAGCAAUCACUCAGCGGAGAGCAUUGGGGUGUAUCUACGUAAAGUGAAGCAAGCUAUCUCCACAACGGCAGCUCGAUUCUCUGGAUUUAUGCAACACGAUGCGCAAGAGUUCCUCUGUCAGUGCCUGGAUCAACUCAAAGACGACACCGAAAGGGCCAACAAGAGGGCGCUAAACUCCCCCUUGGACGAGACCCCAGGGACGGAUGAUGAUAAAAUUAAACUGAGGUUUCGCUAUCCGCACGACUGCCCGAUUGUCAAGAACUUUGAAUUUGAAGUCAUGCACUCUACGAUCUCUCGCUGGACAUGCCCAGAAGGAGUCAUUCUAACCCGAUCGGGUCGAUCCAGACGGCGCUGGAGCAGUUCUUCAGAGAGGAGGGUAUAGAGUAUGCCUGCGGAGAAUGUGACUGCAAGCAGGCUAUAGUCACGCAUAAGUUCACUAAGCUACCAAGGGUAAUUAUCAUUCAUCUUAAGCGCUACAAAUUUGACGCCUGACGCCUUCCAGUACUCCAAGCUCCGUCGCCGCAUCCUCAUACCCAGGUACUUGUCCGUCCACUACCACUGCACCAAGGAAACCCAGAGUCCAACCUCUCUCCCAAAGUCAUUAGUCAACGGGACGUCAUCUCCAAGGCCACAACAACUCAAUGCCGAGAGAACUCAAAGGUUGUCCCUCACAGCCCCGUCGACGAGGGAAUCUAAUUGGUCUGCAAGGAGCGAGUCGUUUAAGCCCUCGCGCUUCAGUUUUGCGCCCUCAAGGAAGAGGCUGAACUAUGACGACAACAGUAAACAACCAAGGCAAACCAUUCUCCUGGAAAGUAACACAGACUCAGACGGUGACGAGAACAAAAAAGUCUUAGAGAUGAGUAAAAAAGAGUCGGAGAGAAAAAAGCGAGAAGCAGAUGAGAGGUUGCGGCUUGAGGAAGAAGAAUUGAAAAAGGAAUCCUUGAGAAGAUGACACUCUGAGAUGUGCAGGAAGAUGUGUGGGGAGGCAGCCCACCUGCAAGGCCUCCCCUGAAAUGGCUGCUGAAGAGACACGUACUACAUAAAGUGCCAUAGAAGCUUUACUGUAGUGAAAUAUUUGCCAUCAUCCUGCAAUACACACAUGGUCUAAAAGAGAAAUGACAAGACAAGCACAUAAGAAAAUGAGAUGAU